UCUCUUGUACUGGGUACCAGCACCUGUGGUCAGCUGUACAUCAGGGAAGAUCCAACGAGCACCUGGCCAACACAUCACAGAAUAUCGCCUGAUGUCAGCCGACAGUAGAGACACUAGCACACAUGUUUUAAUAAACGUUGAAAAGCAAGAACUGUCAAAUACUUUUUGAGCGUAGUAUGAUCGAUGAGCUUGAAAAAUAAUUCCCAUUGAAGGAACGAUUUAUGGGAAAAACAAACAAUGUGAAGGUGUAAAAUAUUACUGGAAUCCUCUUUUACGAAUGCCUAUCAUGUGAGAAAUAACACAUCUGAAGUCCUUAACUGGCAGACAGAAAUAUUUCCCUGUUGCGUUGUUACAGUGCUUAUUUUUAAGACGUCAAGUUUUAUACAGUAAACAAAAUACUUGUGUUGAGAACUGAAAUGUGUGUAAUACACUCCAGUAUGAAGUGUCAUAAUAUGCCUAAUGGUGUAUACUUAUCAAGUGUAUUGGAAACAAAUUCUCGUUAUUUAGUCAAUUAAGCCUAGUUGAGUUUAGAGUAAACAAUUAAAGUGGCUGGACCCGGAUAUGUGCUGUGCACCCAAACAACGACCCAAAGUUAAUUUGGAAUUUUAUAUUUAAAAUGACACAUAUCUACAUGUUGGAACCGCCAUUAGAUAAUUAAUGUGUAUGCAGGACUUGAACAUUGUAGGUUUGUCUGGCAUACAGGUGACAAAAAUAAAGUUCACUGCAACUGAAACAAACUUUGUGAAAUAAAUAUCGUAAGGUCGUGCAAUAAAUGAACUUUAGUUGAUGGCAGCCGUAAAGUGAGUGGACACAUAAAUAGAUCAGCUCUUGCAGUUAAACGUGAACGAUGGACUACUUAGCAGAGAUGGGGAAGGAAGGGGAAGGAGGAGGAGGAGGAGCAGACACGGACGAGGAGAAUGGCAUCGAACCCUUCCUCACAUUCCUUCCUCCGUAUAUCCUCUGUAACUUAACCAACUACACCAACCUGCCGCUCUGUAACAACAACACGGUAGAGGAAAACCCGGCCUUCGAGUAUGCCAUCAUCGUUGCCAUCGUCGUGCCCAUUAUCUUCGGCAUCAUUGUCUUGGUGGGCCUCUUCGGCAACACUUUGGUCGUCAUUGUCAUCAUUGCCAACAAGCAGAUGAGGUCGACCACGAAUUAUCUUAUCUUCAGCCUGGCGAUGGCAGACCUGCUAUUCAUCGUUUUCUGCGUCCCCUUCACCGCAUCCGACUACAUAUUACCCUCAUGGCCAUUCGGGAGCAUCUGGUGCAAGACGGUACAAUAUCUCACCUACGUCACCGCCUACGCCUCCGUCUACACCCUCCUACUCCUCUCCUUUGACAGGUUCCUGGCGGUGGUGCAUCCUAUCGCUGCCCUAAGCAUCCGCACUGAGAGGAAUGCCCUCUAUGCUAUCACCUUCAGCUGGAUUCUGAUAUUGACGUCAUGCAUACCGCUGUAUCUCUGUCACGGCAUCAAGAAACAGAAAUUCAGGGGUGAUGUCUAUUUCCAAUGCGCCUUCCUGGACGACGAAUACAAUCACAUGGCCUUCCAUAUCGGCUUCAUCACCACCAUGUACUUCGUGCCACUGACUGUGAUCGUGGUGCUGUACCUGAUGAUUCUCAAUCGGUUGUGGUACGGAGUGGUGCCAGGGGGGAGCCGCAGCGCCGAGAGUGUCCGUGGUAAGAAACGAGUGACCAGGAUGGUCGUCAUUGUCGUCGUCACCUUCAUCGUCUGCUGGUUCCCGAUUCAACUUGUUUUGUUGCUCAAGUCUCUGGAUUUGUACGAGAUGACAACUUUCCGGAUCAUUACGCAGAUAGCAGCGCAGGUUCUUGCUUACAUUAACUCCUGCGUCAACCCAAUCCUCUAUGCCUUCCUCUCCGAUCCUUUCAGAAAGGCAUUCCGUAAGGUGAUAUCGUGUGGCCCCCAGCGACGUACAGCGCUUAAUGGCCGGACGGACUUUGAAAGGUCGAUGGAGACGAGGCCACUUAACCCUAGGCCUAGUCCACAAUCCAUUCCCUUGAUCAACAUGGUAACCAGCACUCAUCACUUAAGUCCUUCGGCCGGCCCCCCCUUGCAUCGCAACACCACAACAACUACAACCACGAGCUUUACCAACGGGGCCACCAGAGAAGAAACCUCCAACAACUCGCAGACACAAGAUGUCUUCAUUGGCAAUAAGGUAGUCGCUCAAGCUACCAAUUACGGCGGCUUUAACGAUGGCGCCUUUAACUUGCAUGAGCAAUGUGAAUAACGUCGAGGGGGUUCAGCCUCAACCAGCUAACAUUCUUGGUAAUUUUUUUGUAAUCAAAAGACGAUUUUAGAAGAAAACAAAUGAGGCACAUUGAUGAAAAUCAAUAUCAUAUUUAUCAUAUUGAAGAAUCUUUUUGGUAGAGUAUUUUGGGAUUGGAGACAAUAAUGAAUUAGAAAUGGAUGUCGUAUAAACAUAUACAUAUACCUAUAUUUUUGUAAAUAGACAAAUUUAUUAAAUACACUUAAAUAUAGAGAUCAGAUAGACUUUGUAAAAUUAAAGGAUUCAUCCACAGCGAUAGAUGCUUUGCAGAGUGGAUAGUAAUACCAAGUCACAUAUGUGUGUAAAAAUGUACGUGAGUCUGGUAAGUGUGUACGAAUAGUUGCGUGGGUGAAGUAUUUGUACAUAUAUGAAUCCUGCAGUGUUUACAUACAUCGACGUGACCCUAAAAACCUGAGCAUGGUACAGCUUGCUCACUGCCUUCAACAAGUGGCACUACUGAGAACAAAUAUGCAAAUUGCCAUUGCUGUAGGUUACUGAGCCAAAUACUAAUGGUUGAUAUGGAUAUUUGCUCGUUUGUAUUCAAAUGGAAUAUGCUCAAGAGAUAAAUAAUUUUGUGUUCUUGAAAGAUUUUGUGGAGGUGCGUUGGGCUGAUAUGCUAAUGAGCCCCGCAUGUUAACCCAACUUUUACCCCCAACUUCGCAUUGCAUGGUAAACUGACCUGCGUCACUAAUCCACCAAACACAGCUUUAAUGAACCUGACAUGGUCUUUCUUGUUGAUAUGACCUUCAGCUUUAUUGAAGCAUUCCUUUUAUUUAAUGCUGGUCAAUUUGCUAUGUGUUUAGAUAAUUGUCUGAAAAUAUUGUGGGUAUUAUCUGUAUUCCUCAUUGUUAUUGUGAACAUUGUUGUUUUUCUUCCAUAAUUUACUUACAGUGACAUUGUGAUAUAUCAGUGGUGAUUAUCAUUGUAUUUAAACUGUUAAUCGUUAUAUUGGACAGUAUCAUUCUAGGUCACCAUUCUCCCUACCUGUCAGUAAAACGUGGUAGUGGAGGGGAUGCUUAAGGACCAUUCUCCUUAAUGAUUUUUUUCUGUCUUGUUUUGGGCCACAGAUAAAGUGAAAUAAUGAUGCAAACAGGCCAUGGAGGCAACACUCUGGAGGAAGUGUUAAGAGUGUGGAGUUCACCAUUGGCCAUAUUAAAAAGGUGCUACCCGUGAUGGGGUUAACAACCCCCACCCCAUACUAGCACUUCAAUAUUCCACCCCCGCGUAUUUCAACUAUCAAAUAAUGGCUUUCGUCACGUCACUGGAAAAGGAUCUUCACACUGAAGAUUUUUCAACAUUUUGGCUCGUGGUAGAUACCCUAAUGUCUAACAGUUUGAGCUUAAAGAAUACGCUUUAGUAUGUAAGGUACUCUCUACCUUAUUAAUUAUAUCAAUAAUUUAGUUGAAUAUAAUAUGUAGACCAUAAGAGGUAUAGCUAUUUUCACCGAUGAUUAUAUUAAUGAAUGCCAUAUUUAGUAUCUCAAAUUUAUACACAUCUCCUGUUGACUCAUUCAUAUAGACUAUAAGUUUCCAUUGAAAUUAUUCUACGUGGUUUAUUCAUUAUCACAUCUCAUUCGUUAUAACUGCAAAAACAAUCUACAUCCAUAAUAUUUGUAUCUUAUUUUUUUUUCAAAUUAUGCUUGCUGUCUUCACAAUUAAACACGCAC